GCAUGCGCCGCACGAUCUUCUCCGGGUCGUAGCUUUAGCAUUAGCAUUAGCACACCCAUGUACGUGAGCUAGCGGGGCCCGAGAUCUGCGUCAAAUACACGGAACCGAGCGCGUGAAAAGCCGCCGAAAAGAGACAAUACGGAACAUUCCACUGUAAGAGAGCAGGACUAUAUGACACAGCGAUGCCGGGGCUCAGCUGUCGGUUCUAUCAGCACCGUUUCCCGGAGGUGGAGGAUGUGGUGAUGGUGAACGUGCGCUCCAUCGCAGAGAUGGGCGCAUACGUCAGUCUGCUGGAGUACAACAACAUCGAGGGCAUGAUCCUCUUGAGCGAGCUGUCCAGGAGACGUAUCCGCUCCAUCAACAAACUCAUCCGCAUCGGACGCAACGAGUGUGUGGUUGUCAUCAGGGUGGACAAGGAGAAAGGAUACAUUGAUUUGUCCAAAAGAAGAGUGUCUCCAGAGGAGGCCAUCAAGUGUGAAGAUAAAUUUACUAAAUCCAAAACUGUUUACAGUAUCCUGCGGCACGUGGCUGAGGUGCUGGAGUACAGUAAAGACGAGCAGCUCGAGAGUCUGUACCAGCGCACGGCCUGGGUCUUUGAUGAGAAAUACAAAAGGCCCGGUUAUGGAGCUUAUGACGUCUUCAAACAGGCUGUGUCAGACCCUUCGAUCCUGGACGGGCUGGAGCUGUCAGAGGAGGAGAGGAGUGUGCUCAUUGACAACAUCAACAGGAGACUCACCCCUCAGGCCGUAAAGAUCAGAGCAGACAUUGAGGUGGCAUGUUAUGGCUAUGAGGGCAUCGAUGCAGUGAAGGAAGCAUUGAGAGCUGGACUCAGCUGCUCCACAGAAAAUAUGCCCAUCAAGAUCAACCUAAUCGCUCCUCCUCGGUACGUGAUGACCACGACCACUCUGGAGCGCACAGAGGGCCUGUCUGUGCUCAACCAAGCCAUGGCCGCCAUCAAGGAGAAGAUCGAGGAGAAGCGAGGGGUCUUCAACAUCCAGAUGGAGCCGAAGGUGGUGACGGACACGGAUGAGACGGAGCUGGCCCGACAGCUGGAGCGACUGGAGCGGGAGAACGCCGAGGUGGACGGAGACGACGAUGCGGAGGAGAUGGAGGCCAAGACUGAAGACUAAAACACCAUCAAACCCCACCGACAAUGGGAGCAGGACAUGCGUAUCUAUGGACAGAGCCACUCGCCGGGUCUCACAUAUUUAUCAUAGCGCAUUCUUUUACCGUCUAACGUUCAACGGCCAACAACCUGGGUUUAAGUUUGACGAGACAGACAUGUCGGGGUGGACGAUACGGCACGACCAGCUUCUCUCAAUCUGUUCUGUCCUGCUCCGUUUGAGUGACAGGUGCUUUUAACCAAUCACAGCUAAGUAGAGAAAUAUCUUGGUGAUUUCGAACUACAAAAUAGCUAACUUUCUUCUAGGAAAUUAGAAUUUUUGCCAUAUCGCCCACCCCUACACACACGUCUGCCUCUAACAUGGACACAAACCAAAAUAUAGACUAUUUUUAAGUACACUUAUUGAAAAUAAGGCGUUUACAUGCAGUGGCCUUCCCUUUCGCAGCAGAGCUCAGUGUCUUUAUAUUUCACGGCGUUUCAUCGCUAACUGGAUUUAAAGGGUUAUGCCGCUGUGUGCUGGUUUUUACUGCGAAGAUUCAAAUAGUUGUGUAGCUCUCACGUGGCGCCAAUAAACAUCUGGAAGUUUUGAAA